AAAAAAAAAUAUAUUUGACUUAAUUAUGAAGAAUUUCAAUUUAUACAUCGAGUACAAUAAGUAAUAUAUUAUAUUUAUUAUUUACAGAUAGUUCACAGGUUAAAUCAAAUACAUGAAGAGGAAAUCACACAUUUGUGACACCCCUGAAUAUUUUAAGUACUUAAUCUUUAAGUUAUCAAGUCACGGCACCAGUUCCUUUCGAGGCAUCUGGUUGGGUUGACAGGGAGCGUAAGUGAAGCUAAUUCGUUUAUAAGUUGGUUUGGAUUUUCUCACAGUUUGGAACGGAAGCGCAAGAAGAAGAUAGCAGCAGUUUCAUUGAUGGAUGGUAAUUUGAGCAUUUAAUGACUCAUUCGAGACGAACCCUGGGCACCCGUGAUUAUACGUUGGAAGAUGUUUUGGAAGGCUUGAAUAGAUCUUUUAUUUGAGUUCUUUGCAGAGCCCCAGAUUACGAUGCCAUACGUCCAGAUUGGUUGAAGAAGAGUUUAAUAUAGGAUAAUUUUGAUAAGUAUAGUUAAGUCCGAACAAAGGAGAGGCCUUAAAAGAUGUAGUCUGGAAUUAAGCUUUUCACGCUUAUCCUUUAGAUGAAGAGACCAAGUUAAGCGUCUGUCAAGUAUGAGGCCAAGGUAUUUAACUUCGGUCAAGUGAGGAAUGUCAAUGUUGUUUAUUGAUACAGCUAGGCAGCUGUGAGGUCGAAGUGCAAAAGUGACAAAAAAAGACUAGGAUUCGUUGAUUUUUGUCUUCCAAUUGGUAAACCAUUGUGAAAGAGUGUUUAUUUGUUGAGAUGGUCUGGAGAAACUGAUAAUAAGGCGGUAUCAUCAGCAUAUGUUCCAACUAUAGUAUCUUCAGAUGUGGGCAGGUCUGAUGUGUAUAUGGUGUAUCAGAAUGGAGCGAUAUCACUCCCUUGGGGGACGCCAACAGAAAUAGGAAAUUGAUUAGUGUUGUAAACUGUGGCGGACAUUAAAUGAACGGUUUUCUAGAUACGAUUUAAGUAUUAGGUAUAAUGGGGCAGGAAAUAUUUUUUUUAGUUUAAAAAGAAGACCUUCAUGCCAUACGGUAUCAAAUGCUUUCGCAACAUCUAAAAAGACUCCAGCGCAGUAUUUUUUGGUUUCAAAUGCUGUUGAGAUGGUGUCCACUACACGGUAAUCGGAAAAAAAAGUCCCGGUAAAAAAAGUCCCAGAAAAAAAAGUCCCGGUAAAAAAGUCCCGGUAAAAAAAGUCCCACACUAGGAAAAAAAAGUCCCGAAAAAAAAAUAUUAUUCUUGUAGGUACUUGUACAGUUCUAUAGUAAGUUGUGCUUUGUAUUUUAGUGUGUAACUGUGUAAGUGUAAUGAAUAAAAUGCUUGUACAUAUAUUUGUCAUCCACCAUAAUAAGUAAUAAAUAAUAGAAAAAAAAGUUUACUGGAAAAUACCAAAAUACUUAGAUAUUCUUAUACUGCACUUGUACAGUUGUACUUUGUACUUAUUUUAGUGUGUAAUGUAUUGGUAGGUAUAAAAUAUAUUUAUUAUCUACCAUAAUAACUAUCAUAAGCCAUAUAUUUUGAUCCUAUAUUAAUUGGUACACUAGAAAAUUCCCCAUUUCCGAACAUCACACACAGUCAUAUAUAGGUAAUGAGACUGUUGCCAGUCUUUUGGAUGACAUCGUAAUAAUUGACGUUUCGUAAUUUCGUUUAUACGUUUGUUUUUAAAUUUUAUAUUUUUUCGCAGUAUAUAAAAUGGAGUUGGAGUUAAUAAAUUCUAACAAAAAAUACCCUCAGGUUGCGCAUAAGGGAUUUUUGUACAAUUUCCAUAAAGAAUGCUCUAAUUUUCUUCGUUGGAGGUGUUCAAAAAACAGCUCUAUGAAGUGUCCAUGUUUUUUGAAAACUAAUUUGAACAUAGCUAAGCCAACUUUGAUUUCUGUAAAUAACGAUCAUGUGCAUGAAUCAAAUGAAAAUUUUAUUUCUGCGACUAAAAUAAAAAAUUUAAUGGUGGAAAAAGCUAAGCUAACAAACGAUUUACCUGCUCAAAUUUUCGCGGAAGUGGUAUCAAACGUACCCCGAAGUAUACUCGCUGAAUUGCCAAAAGAAGAAUAUCUUAAAAGAACAAUUAGAAACCACAGAGCAUGUAAUGAUCCACCUAAACCUACUUGUGGAAACGAAAUAAUUAUUGAAGGAGAGUAUCGGGAAUAUGGAAAUGAAAGAUUUUUGCUGUAUGAUAAUGGCCCAAAUUCUGAUGAUAGAAUUUUAAUGUUCGCCACUGAUAACUAUUUGUCGUUAUUGGCCAAAUCUGAUACCUGGUUUGUCGACGGAAAUUUUGGCCUCGCUCCCGAAUUUUUCAAGCAAUUAUACGUUAUUCGUGUACAAAUAAAUUCCGUAUUUGUGACAUCAGUAUAUUGCGUUCUGCAGAAAAAAAGUCAAUCUACAUAUGAAAAAAUAUUUAGUAUUUUAUUAAAAGAAUGUCAAGAUCGUGACUUGUACCCAGAUCCGAAAUUUUUACAUUUAGAUUUUGAAUUGGCAGUCAUAAAUGCUGCAAAAAAUAUUUUUGGAACUCAUAUUACGAUUAACGGAUGUUUUUAUCAUUUGUGUCAAUCGACACAUAGAAAAAUUCAGAAACUUGGUUUGUCUGGGAUUUAUAAAGAAGAUAAUAAUUUUCGAAAAUAUUGCGGCAUGAUUGAUGGAUUAGCUUUUCUACCACAGGAUAAAGUACUGGACGGAAUGACAUGUCUAAAAGAAAUAAUGCCUCCAGAUGCAGAAGACCUUUUAACUUAUUUUGAUUCUUAUUAUGUAAAUGGUACCUAUAGGCGUGUAGGUUCAGCUUCUACUUUGCAUUUUAGAAAAAUUCCACCUAUAUUUUCACCUGCCUCGUGGAAUGUACAUAAUGCCACUUUAGUAGGGGGGCAUCGAACAAACAAUAUGACUGAAGGCUGGAAUAACCGAUUUUCAAAGUUAUGUGGACAUAAACAUCCAACUAUUUGGAAACUAAUUAGGAAAAUAAAAAUGGAAAUUUCCGCAGAUGAAGCGAAAUUAGCUUUAGAUGCUGUAGGAGAUUCGAAAACUGUUAAAAAACUAGGGCAAACUCGGACAGUAGAAAAACGGCUGCAAAAUUUAUGUAUACAAAUACAAGCGGGCAAUAUCGGUGUUUUAGAUUUUUUAACAGCCGUAAGUCAUAAUAUAAGAAAGAGGUGUACCUAAUUA